AUGAGUUUUCCGUCUCAGUUUAUCAAUUGGGUGAUGAAUUGUGUUUCUACUAUUUCGUAUUCUCUUUUGAUCAAUGGUUUUCCUAGUAUUCCUUUCAGAGCUCAAAAAGGGCUUCAUCAAGGGGACCCCAUGUCUCCGUUUCUUUUUGCUCUCUCUAUGGAGUAUUUCAGUAGAUGUCUGAAGAGGAAGAAAGGCGACAUUAUUAAGUUCCAUCCUAAGUAUGAUUUGUCUAUGGUUUAUGGUCUUUUUGUUAAUAAAGGCAAGAGUGCUCUCUAUGUUGCUGGUGUUGAUGAUGCUAUGAGUUUUAAGCUUGUCCAAGCUCGUCAAGUACCUAAGGGUGUUCUUUCGUUUAGAUAUCUUGGGAAUAGUGGUCGAGAUUCUCAAGCUAAGCCUCAUGUAGCUUGGAGCCAUGUUUGCCUGCUAAAGUCUUGUGGUGGUCUUAAUUUAAGUCGGUUGGAUCUUUGGAAUAAGGUUGCCAUGUUGAAGAAUCUAUGUUCCUUUGCUCAUAAGAAGGAUAGGCUUUGGUUUCGAUGGAUUAAUGACUACUACCUCAAACACUCAGAUGUUUUUAGUUAUAUUGUUCCUAGCAUAACCUCUUGGAUGCUUGCAAAAAUCUUUAAUAGCAGGCGUUUGGUAGUGAAUUUACAAGACCAGAAUGAUUGUGCUCCUCAUGGUCAUUUUAGUAUGAAAAUUGCUUACAAGAAAUUAUUAGGGCAACAUCCUAAGGUUCCUUGGAGGGCUAUUUGGUAUAAUAAUAAGGCGACUCCUACCAGUGUGGUGUGCAUGUGGCAAGCUAUCCUUAAUAGGCUCCAUACUAUUGAUAGAUUGUGGAAGUGGGGGAUGUCUUGGGAUCCUAUGUGUAGGCUAUGUAAUGCUGCCCCUGAGACUAGAGAUCAUUUGUUUGGAGAUUGUGUGUUUAUUCGGAAGGUUAAAGCCUUCGUUUGUAGUGACUUUCAUAUGUCGACUUCCUUUGCUCAAGAUGUUCAUAUUAUGAAUUAG